CAACUACAAGAAUAAGCCAAUCGACGCGAGCGUUCUAGAGGUUUCCGCUCUCCCUGAACUUCUUGGUAGAUCCGACUUCAGAUUGAGAGAAAUCAAGAUGGCUGCUACAGGUUCUGUGUAAAGACUUAACUCCACUGGACUCUACUGUGCAUGAAGCUCUGCUAAGGUUGUGGUGUUUAACUUCUACAUCCCCCAGCAUCUCCUGCCUAUCAUCAUGUCCUCCACCUCUUCCUCCUACUCCUCCUCGGGGGAGACCAGUCCAGAGGAUGUACCCCGAGGUGGGGGCACCAUACGAGUCUACCUCCCCAACAAACAGAGGACAGUGGUGAAUGUUCGCCAAGGACAGACAGUAUAUGAGAGUCUAGACAAGGCACUCAAAGUAAGAGGCUUAAGCCAGGACUGCUGUGCUGUUUUUCGUCUUCUGGAAGGUCGUAAGAGACUGACAGACUGGGACACAGACAUCACUCCUCUGGUUGGAGAGGAGCUUUUAGUGGAAGUCCUGGAUGAUAUUCCUCUCACAAUGCACAACUUCGUACGGAAAACCUUCUUCAAGCUAGCUUACUGUGAUUUUUGCCACAAGUUCCUUUUUAAUGGCUUUCGAUGUCAGACAUGCGGCUACAAAUUUCACCAGCACUGCAGUAGCAAAGUGCCUACUGUGUGUGUGGACAUGGAUACUGUGAGCAAGCGGUGUGAUUCCCAUUCUUGCACAGACGAAUUCCCGCGGAUACUAUUACCAGAAAAUUCCCCAUCACAGCCUAAUGUACCCUUAACUCCUGAACCUCCUGGGAUGGACCUCUUGUCCCCAACCUCAGCGUUUCGCUUCCCUAUGCCUGGUGGAGACGGCCAGUCUCUACAGAGGCAUCGCUCCACCUCAACACCCAAUGUUCAUAUGGUCAGCACAGUAAGCCCGGUCGGUGCCAGCGUCAUAGAGGAAGCACUAAAACUCAACAAUACAAUGGGUCCUGAACCGUCUCCGAAGCCCUCCACCAGCCCACCCUCUUGUCUUGGUUCCCCAGGGAGGAGACCACCAAAGUCCCCCUCUGAGCAUAAGGAGCGUAAGCCAUCCUCCUCUGACGACAAAAAGAAAGUGCACCGAGGGGGAUACAGAGACUCCAGUUACUACUGGGAGGUCCACUCUCGAGAAGUCACCAUUCUAAAGAGAAUAGGCACUGGUUCUUUUGGAACAGUCUUCAAGGGCAAGUGGCACGGAGAUGUGGCAAUCAAGAUCCUUAAAGUCACAGAGCCGACACCUGAGCAGUUACAGGCCUUCAAAAAUGAAAUGCAGGUCCUAAGGAAAACCCGCCACGUCAACAUCCUGCUGUUCAUGGGCUUCAUGACUAAGCCCAACUUUGCCAUUAUCACACAGUGGUGUGAAGGCAGCAGCCUGUAUCGCCAUCUGCAUGUCACAGAAACAAAGUUUGACACUAUGCGGCGCAUCGAUGUGGCCAGGCAGACUGCACAGGGCAUGGAUUAUCUUCACGCGAAGAACAUAAUUCAUCGAGAUCUGAAAUCAAACAAUAUAUUUCUCCAUGAAGGCUGGACUGUAAAGAUCGGGGACUUUGGUUUGGCCACAGUAAAGUCCCGGUGGAGCGGAUCUCAACAGGUUGAACAGCCGAGUGGAUCUAUUCUCUGGAUGGCUCCUGAGGUGAUCCGAAUGCAGGACAGCAACCCAUACACCUUCCAGUCGGAUGUUUACGGCUAUGGAGUUGUGCUGUUUGAGCUCAUGUCGGGGACUCUGCCUUACUCCAAUAUCAACAACAGAGACCAGAUAAUCUUUAUGGUUGGACGUGGUUAUCUGUCUCCAGAUCUCAGUAAGCUGUAUAGUACCUCACCCAAGUCCAUGAAAAGGCUUAUUGUUGACUGUCUGAAGUUCAAAGGCGACGAAAGGCCCCUUUUUCCACAGAUCCUGGUGGCCAUAGAGCAGGUGCAAGACCUGCUGCCAAAAAUUGAGCGGAGUCGCUCUGAGCCUUCACUUCAUCGGGCUGUCCACGCUGAGGACCUGAAUCCCCUCCUGUUGCAUACCACCAGACUGUUGCCCCUCUAAACUUUCUGCAAUGUGGACAGAGAGACUGUCCCCCUGUCCAGAACAUCUAUGUCCCUACGCCUCCUCCACCUUUGGAGCUGGACCAUUCACAAAUCUCAGUAAUAAUAUAAUUAUUUUGCUUAGUCUGGUAGCGAAUGUUUUUUUUUCCUUAAUACAGUGACGGACACAUUUACGUCUCAGAAUGUGUGGUAAACUCUUUUUGAUCGGGCCAGGCUAAAUCUGUCCAAUAUGCUGGGGCUCCUGGUUUGGGUCAGCUGUUCACUUCUACGGUUCAGCAGUGUCGCUGCCGCGUCAGUACAAAUGGUAGAGUGUAAAUGAGGCCAGAGACACGACGCCUGUAUCUGCUCAAAACAUGGGAGCUUCUAUUUUCUUUUUCUUUUUUUACCUCUAAUAUUUACUUCAUUGCGUUUUUCAAAGCAUCACAUUCUACAAUAUGGGCAAACUAACAGACAGGUAGAUAAUCCAAGCUUGGGUUCCUAGGAUCAAAGUUGUAGGAAACUAAAAAAAUGGACGUUUGUCCCAGCAGAUGCAGCUCAGCAGUGCUUGCAGAGAGAAAUGACCUUAAUCACACACUAACAGUUUUUGUUUACAUAAAGGUCGAGUGUUUCCGUUGGUGCCACAGUGAGCCAGUAUCCGGUUGAUCAGCUGGCUCAGCUAAACGGCUAAGGCACCGUCCAGUGGGGCGCCGCAUUCUGCUUUGCUUCACUCCGUUUAGUCUUAAAAUGCUGUGGAAGCGAAACGAUGCUCUGCUUUUGGUUUUUUUACUGGUCAUUCAGAAGCACAGACAGCAGGCACAACGAUGUCACUGUUUCCAACAACAGAGCUCCUUCUCACAACUGCUUUUUUAAAAUUUGGUUUCCUCACCAAGGUUGGCCAGCUAUCUGUUCUCCAGUGUCUGUCUGGUACUCUGGCGUCCUCCCACUGUCUGAGGACAUUCAGUAAUGUGUUAGUAUCUUAGUGAGAGUUUGUCUAGGUGACCCUGUGAUGGUCCCAUGGGGUAGAAAGAGGCUUAAAGGGGCCUUAACAUUUAAGGAAGUAGUUUGACAGUUGGCAAGUUAAGACUAAUGGAAGUCAGUUGUUUUUAAAGACCAGCAGUUUAAAGUGUCUUCUUUUAUAAAUCAAUUUAUGCCCAAAGCAUGAAUGUUCAGGAAGUGAUCAUAGAAUUUCAGUUUUGGAGGAUUCCAGCAUACAGACUCUUGGAUGAUUACGUUGCGAUUGUUUUGUGGAGGCAGUGUUUAUGGACCAAACCGUGGUGACUGUUGUGGAUGGACGUGUUUGUCAUGCUGCUGACGCUGAUUCUAGUUCAGGCUGCAGGUAGUUAUUAAGGUUUAUGUGUGAUCCUUGUGGAUAGAGCCUCGUGAUGUUUCUGAGAGAGGAACGAUGGAGCAAAGCAUUUAGGAUGCUGCAGAGUUCAUGCACAGUUGAUAGACCAUCUCCAGUUUCACCUGUAAAUCUCAGAAAUCUGACACGGUCUCAUACCUUUGAAGUCUCUGUACUUUAACUUCAGCCCAAUGUUUAAAACAAGGUGCCUUACAUUACUGUCAGACAAAGAGAUGAGUUUCCUUUCCAUCUCUGAUCUGUGACACUAGAAGGAUGUGUUGUAUUCACAGGGACCUUCUCUUGGUGCCUCCACUGUAUUGUUGCUGAUUCCACUUGGGCUUUAACAGAACCUCUUCACAUACGCUUAAAAAAGCCAACAUUCCCCACAAACAAGCUGCUUAUUCCACCAAGCAGUCAGUGACACUCUGUUCCUCUGUGCUUUUAAGGUUGACCAGGAUGCGAGUCAUUGUAGGUUUCCAUUCACUGCCAGCAAACAAUACAUAGGUGGAGGAAUUUAAAUAUUUGUGUCAGUGGUUCGGUAGCACUUUUCCAAGUUGCCAUGGAAUUUUCUAUUCUUGACCUUCGAGCAGCAGCGUAGUCAUUCCUUAAGCCCAUCCAUCCAUCCAUCUUCCAUUCCAUUCAAUCCCACGCGAACUCGGGGAAAAAAUGCAAACUCCAUACAGAAACUACCCACUGCACCACCUCCUUAACCCCCAAUGGUCUUUUUUUUCCUACGUCUAUCAACUCCACAUGAUGGUGAAUGGUGUGUGGUACAGUGACAAAAUGAACUCUGUUGCGAUAUUACUGAUAUAUAAUGACAGCACCUGUUUGUGGUUUCUAAAGUUUAUGACCAAAAUGAAUCUUGGUUCUGGCCAUUACAGGGACCAGGAGGCUUUGGCCCAACUUGGUUCCUCCACCUGCUUCCACUGGUGGGACCAGGGCCUUGCCUGUAGUUGAGAAGCUUCAUGUGGACAGUAGGAGGAGUGGCCUAACAGCAUUACACACAAGAGCGUCUUUGUUUAUGUGCUUCUGUUUGGCUUUGGUCCCAAACGUGAGGUUCCUUAACUUGAGUUACUUGAAAGGAAAAAUGCCUUUUCAGUGACCAGUGACUUUCUGGUGGAGCUCCUGGCUGGCAGGAAGCGAUUGCCCCUGGGUUUUCGAGAUGUUGGCCAACAAGCUUUUGUUAAAGGGCUAUAUAGAUAAACUUGAUUUGAUUUUCACCCAGAGUUCGUACAGAUGUGCUUUACAGUUGCCGCUCAAGGCAGCAAAGGAGGCGAACGUUCUUGCUUUGUGUUGUUUAGUUCCUGUGUGUUGUCAUUGCUAUCACAGUGGUUAUGUUGGAGGUGGGCAGUGUGGUUGUGGUCUCUCUCUGGCGUCACUGUUUACUUCUAAGUAUUAGCUUUAUUAUAUAAAUACAAGCAGCAUCUGUGAGGUGGUUUCUGCUGGUGUGAACUGGCUUCUGCCUUUAGCCUAAUGAGUAAAUGUCUGCGUCGGUCAGCAGAGCAAAUAGUUCAAUGUUGUACUAGGGGCUGGGAACCCUACCUGUUCUUUCUUCCUUCUAGCAGUUGGUGGGCUGUUAGCUUUGGUAGUAGACAUUGUGGAUUAGUGAACCAGGGUGGGGAAAGACUUCGCUGCCGUCUUUCUCUUAUUUAUUAAUGUCUCGUCUGCAGCGUGGCUUUUAAGGUGGAUGAAUAUGUGGACGAUGGUUCAUGUCGUGGACACGGUACUGGCUGUCCUUUCAACUGACCUUUAGCACAGGGUUAUUUCUGUUCUGUUUCCAGCACCUUGAGCACAAACUAGUUAAUGAACUAUUUAAAGUAGUUCUGUUGAUUGUGUUCAUACGGUUUCACUACGAUAGCAUUUAUAAAUGGCAACACUUUGAAACAAAAUGAAAAAAUGCUGUAAGAAUAACUUAUUAGGUGUGAUGUUCAGGGUGAGUCUGGCCUGUGUGCAGCGUACACACAGUUAAUGAGCAGAAGGCUGGUGAAUGGAGUCAACCCAACUUUUCCAAAUGAGCUGCUUUUUAUAAACAAAGCAAUAUCAUGAAUAGAAUGUCUCCUCUUUCCGACUGUAAGAAACGUGCGUUGCCAUUUGGAGGAACGCACUGAAGCGGAGCUUUCUUCUGACGGUGUCCAAACGGAAACGAUGGACCCGUAAUGGUUUCACGUGUGACAUGCUGCCUCUGGACACAUUCGAGGGGCAGCGGAGGAGAAAAGCAGAUUGAACCCAUGUCUAAAAGAAGAGGACACGAGCUGAUAUCAGUAGUUUUAUUUCUUUUCAUAUCUGUAAGGUGAACUGCAAUAAUGUGUUUAUAGUUUGAGGUGUUGGGUGUUCAGUUUGCAAUACAUGGUAUAUUCUGCUGUGUACAGUUACAUUUUUUAAAUGACGAAAAUUGUACUUGUUUCUAUUUUUUGUGUGAUGGUUUGAAAAAGAACAAAAUUAUUUUAAGUGUAAAGAAAUCUUAGUAUUUUUUUAGUUGUCUUAAAAUAUUGAUGCAGGAUUUAUUCUUAAAAUAAAUAAAUUCAUUCAUGUUA